AUGAAUUUGACCAAGGAGUGGCCUUGUUCUCCGCUCUUCUCCCCACGUCCCGGAGGCCGCUGUGUUUUUUGUCAGCUUCCGACCGGCAGUCGGCCUGAGACCGAGCCUUUAAUUAAGUUGUCUUUAAUUAAGUUGCAGAGUUCCGAUGGAGAGAUAUUUGAAGUUGAUGUUGAAAUCGCCCAACAGUCUAUGACUAUCAAGACCAUGUUGGAAGAUUUGGGAAUGGACGAUGAAGGAGAUGAUGAUCCAGUUCCUCUACCAAAUGUUAAUGCAGCAAUAUUAAAAAAGGUCAUUCAGUGGUGCAACCACCACAAGGAUGACCCCCCUCUUCCUGAGGAUGAUGAGAACAAAGAAAAGUGGACAGAUGAGAUCCCUGUUUGGGACCAAGAAUUCCUGAAAGUUGACCAAGGAACACUGUUUGAACUUACUCUGGCUGUGAACUACUUAGACAUCAAAGGUUUGCUUGAUGUUACACGCAAGACUGUUGCCAGUAUGAUCAAGGGGAAAACUCCUGAGGAGAUCCCCAAGACCUUCAAUAUCAAAAAUGACUUUACUGAAGAAGAGGAAGCCCAGAUACGCAAAGAGAACCAGUGGUGUGAAGAGAAGUGAAAUGUUAUGCCUGACACUGUAACACUGUAAGGAUUGUUCCAAAUACUAGUUGCACUGCUCUGUUUAUAAUUGUUAAUAUUGGACAAACAGUAGACAAAUGGCAGCAGCGAAUCAGUUGUUUAAGCAGAAUAUUGUCCUCCUUGCAUGUGUAGUUUGAGAACAGAUUCCAAACUUAUGGCUGAGUUUCUUCUAGGACGAUCAAAAGUUUUUUUUCUUUGCACUAAAUAAACCUGAACUGUGAAUUCUUUGUAGAAGGUGGCAUUUUGGGCUUUCCCUCUCUUUGUAAAGCGAUUUCUGCCUAGUUUAUUGUCUAGUUACUUUAGUUUAAUGACCUUUUAAAAGUGAUUAAAC